AUGACUUCUCCAUCAACAUCUUCUCCAUCAUACAUCCUGCCGGAUAGCCCGCCGCAGCGCAUGCUCAACUAUUGGCAGCAGCAGAAAGCUCGCAGCUCGGCUGCCACCUCCGCUGCCACGGCUGCCGCCUCCGCUGUCUCCCCAGCCUCCUCCUCCGCCUCACCCCUGAAGAGACAGGAAAUCUAUGUUCAACGAGAGAGGGGUGAGGAGAUUGUGAUUCCGGACAGUCCUCUGCCACAAUCUACACCGGCUACCUGGGCGCCGCGGCGUGCGGUGCUGACAAUGCUGAGCAACAACAUCAAGCAGAAGCAGGGGAAGAGGAGGUUGGUGUUUGACGAGCCUGAGGUUAGCGGGGAUGAGGAGGAGCAGUCAAUCUGCUCACAAACAAAGAAACGAGCUGGAAUGGACGAGAGCUCAUCCAUGGUGCCGCUGAUGAAGGAGGUGCGACGAAGGGAGGAGGAGGAGGAGGAGGAGGAGGAGGAGGAGGACGAGAUGGAGUUUGUAUCAAUUGUAAAUGCACCAACGCCCAAACCAUGGAUCCCACUGAGGGAGUUAAAGGAGCGCACUCCCUACCCCAUAGUUGGUGCAAGGGAACAGACAAAUAUUCACGGAUGACGAGUAAUUUUAAAAAUUACCAAUGUAGGAAGCAAAUCUACGAGUGAGGUGUAUUUACCGCAAAGAUUUGCUUCCUGCAUUAGCUCAGAGAAAAUACACCAAUUUAAUCUCAAGUGUAAAAAUUUUUUGAUGCUGGUAACACAUAGG